CCUUCUUUUUCCCAUCAUUUGUAAUAAAUACAAAAGACUUUUAUUCCUUCUUCUUUUUCUCUAUUAUAUAUUAUGACACGUAGUAAAGAUUCUCUUUUUUCUUAUCGACAUGAUAAACACGUCGCCAGAAAUAGUCAACAUGGAAUGAAAAAGAUGGGUGCAGGUGCUGCAAAUUGGGGUAUUUUAGGUGAUGAAUUACCAGACGUUCAAGAAAUUGUUCGUGCUGAAAUCGAUUCCUCUUCUUCUUUUCUUCCUAAUCAUACAAGUACUAAGUUGAAUCUUGUUGAUUUCGAAACGUUUGAACAUAUGCGUUCUUCUUCUACAGUUACAGACACUGAACAAACUUCAACAUAAGAUUUAUAGCUAUGAACUUUAUUUAUGAAUAAAACAAACUAUGAUUUUUUUUUA